AUGGGAGACAUGGCCAACAGCUCUGUGGAUUUCUAUCCCAAAAACCAGCGGCGAGAAAUGAACCAUGCAGGUGGUUUUGGCUGCACCCUGUCGGAGCUGCGCUCCCUUAUGGAGCUGCGUGGGGCUGAAGCUCUCCAGAAAGUCCAGGAGACCUACACAGAUGUCAACGGGCUCUGCAGGAGACUCAAGACUUCCCCCACCGAAGGUCUCUCUGAUAACACAGCUGAUCUGGAAAAGAGAAGACAGAUCUACGGACAGAACUUUAUCCCCCCAAAGAAGCCCAAGACUUUCCUACAGUUAGUGUGGGAGGCACUUCAGGAUGUGACCCUAAUCAUUCUGGAAAUUGCUGCCAUCAUCUCCUUGGGACUCUCUUUUUAUGCUCCACCGGGUGAAGAAAGUGAAGUCUGUGGGAAUGUGUCAGGGGGUUCAGAGGAUGAGGGUGAGUCAGAAGCUGGCUGGAUUGAAGGUGCCGCUAUCCUACUGUCAGUGAUCUGCGUAGUGCUGGUCACAGCAUUCAAUGACUGGAGCAAGGAGAAGCAGUUCCGAGGUCUGCAAAGCCGCAUAGAACAGGAACAGAAAUUCACUGUCAUCCGCAAUGGCCAACAGGUCCAAAUUCCUGUGGCUGAGCUGGUGGUGGGAGACAUCGCCCAGAUCAAAUAUGGUGACCUGCUUCCUGCAGAUGGAGUGCUUAUCCAGGGGAAUGAUCUCAAGAUAGAUGAGAGCUCUUUAACAGGGGAGUCAGAUCAUGUACGCAAAUCAGUGGACAAAGAUCCCAUGUUGCUAUCAGGCACCCACGUCAUGGAAGGCUCUGGGCGAAUGGUUAUCUCUGCUGUUGGAGUCAACUCACAGACUGGGAUCAUCUUUACUUUGCUGGGUGCUGGUGGGGAAGAGGAGGAAAAGAAAGAGAAAAAAGGUAAGAAAAUAAAAAAGGAAAAACAGCAGGAUGGGGCAGUGGAGAAUAAUCAAAACAAAGCCAAAAAACAGGACGGGGCAGUUGCCAUGGAGAUGCAACCCCUGAAAAGUGCCGAGGGUGGUGAGAUGGAAGAGCGGGAGAAGAAGAAAGCCAGUGUGCCCAAAAAAGAGAAAUCUGUCUUGCAGGGGAAGCUCACCAAACUGGCCGUUCAAAUUGGGAAAGCAGGGCUGGUGAUGUCAGCUAUCACAGUCAUCAUCCUGGUCCUAUAUUUCAUCAUUCAAACCUUUGUUAUUGAUGGGAAGACGUGGAUGGCUGAGUGCACUCCUGUUUACGUGCAAUACUUUGUCAAGUUCUUUAUUAUUGGGGUCACCGUCCUGGUGGUGGCUGUACCCGAAGGCUUGCCACUGGCUGUCACGAUCUCUUUAGCCUACUCUGUCAAGAAAAUGAUGAAAGACAACAACCUGGUCCGGCAUUUGGAUGCCUGUGAGACCAUGGGCAAUGCCACAGCUAUCUGCUCAGACAAGACAGGGACCCUUACCACCAAUCGCAUGACAGUUGUGCAGUCCUACCUGGGUGACACACACUACAAGGAGACGCCUGAGCCCAGUAGCCUGACAUCCAAGAUACUGGAUCUGCUGGUGCAUGCCAUUGCUAUCAACAGUGCCUAUACCACCAAGAUACUACCUCCAGAAAAAGAAGGGGGUCUCCCACGCCAGGUGGGCAAUAAGACCGAAUGUUCACUGCUGGGCUUUGUGGUUGAUCUGCGACGUGACUACCAGCCUGUCCGUGAGCACAUUCCAGAGGAGAAGCUCUACAAGGUUUACACCUUCAAUUCUGUCCGAAAAUCUAUGAGCACCGUCAUUUGCAUGCCUGAUGGUGGCUAUCGCCUCUUCAGCAAAGGCGCUUCCGAAAUUGUCCUCAAAAAGUGCACAAACAUUCUAAAUAGCAAUGGAGAGCUUCGCGUCUUCCGGCCCAGGGACCGAGAUGAAAUGGUAAAGAAAGUGAUCGAGCCCAUGGCCUGCGAUGGGCUGCGGACUAUCUGCAUAGCCUACCGUGACUUUCCAGCAGGGAAGGAGCCUGACUGGGACAAUGAAAAUGAUAUUGUGAUAGAUUUGACCUGCAUUGCUAUAGUGGGGAUUGAGGAUCCUGUGCGACCAGAGGUGCCAGAGGCCAUCCGCAAGUGCCAGCGUGCUGGCAUCACUGUCCGUAUGGUGACAGGAGACAACAUCAACACAGCUCGGGCCAUCGCUGCCAAAUGUGGCAUCAUCCAACCAGGGGAGGACUUCUUGUGCCUGGAGGGAAAGGACUUCAACCGAAGGAUCCGCAAUGAGAAGGGAGAGAUAGAACAAGAACGACUUGAUAAAAUAUGGCCGAAGCUGCGAGUUCUGGCUCGAUCAUCACCUACCGAUAAGCACACCCUGGUGAAAGGCAUCAUUGACAGCACUAUUGGGGACCAGCGCCAGGUAGUCGCUGUCACUGGGGAUGGAACGAACGAUGGACCCGCGCUCAAGAAGGCCGAUGUGGGCUUUGCCAUGGGCAUAGCCGGCACCGAUGUGGCGAAAGAGGCCUCUGACAUCAUCCUGACUGAUGACAAUUUCUCCAGCAUCGUCAAGGCGGUGAUGUGGGGUCGCAAUGUUUAUGACAGCAUCUCCAAAUUCCUGCAGUUCCAGCUCACUGUCAAUGUGGUGGCCGUCAUCGUAGCCUUCACCGGGGCCUGCAUCACCCAGGAUUCUCCUCUCAAGGCAGUACAGAUGCUGUGGGUGAACCUCAUUAUGGAUACGUUUGCUUCCUUGGCACUUGCCACCGAGCCCCCAACUGAGGCCCUGCUGCUGCGCAAGCCCUAUGGACGCAACAAACCCCUCAUAUCCCGGACCAUGAUGAAGAAUAUUUUGGGCCAUGCUGUGUACCAGCUCAUUAUCAUCUUCACUCUCCUCUUUGUGGGAGAGGUUUUAUUUGACAUCGACUGUGGCCGCAACGCUCCCCUGCAUUCUCCGCCCUCGGAGCAUUACACCAUCAUCUUUAACAUCUUUGUCAUGAUGCAGCUGUUCAAUGAGAUCAAUGCCCGCAAAAUCCAUGGAGAGCGCAAUGUCUUUGAUGGCAUUUUUAGCAACCCCAUCUUCUGCAGCAUUGUUUUGGGCACUUUUGGCAUACAGAUCGUCAUUGUGCAGUUUGGGGGAAAGCCAUUCAGCUGUUCUCCACUGAAUACAGAGCAAUGGCUGUGGUGUCUUUUUGUGGGCUUCGGGGAACUCGUCUGGGGACAGGUCAUUGCCACCAUCCCUACCAGCCAUCUUAAAUGCCUGAAGGAAGCAGGACAUGGCCCUGGUAAGGAUGAGAUCACAGAUGAGGAAAUGGCUGAGGAUGAGGAAGAAAUUGACCACGCUGAGCGGGAGCUACGCCGUGGCCAGAUCUUGUGGUUCCGUGGCCUCAACCGCAUCCAGACCCAGAUGGAGGUAGUUAGCACCUUCAAGAGAAGCGGCUCCUUUCAGGGGGCUGUCCGACGCCGCUCUUCCGUCCUCAGUCAACUGCACGAUGUAACCAAUAUUUCUACCCCCACUCACGUAAUUCUCUCCGCCGCAAAUGCCAGCGCCGGUGCCGGGAGUGAGUCUUGAUUUCCUCUUACUGCUUGUGAUUUAAAACAAAAAGCAAAACAAGA